AUGCUGCCACCGUUUAGUUUACUGCUAAUUCUAUUGAUCAUCGCAGAAAGUACUCAGUAUAUCGCUCUCAUCGAAUAUGCUGGAGCUUCUUCAACAAACUGGACUGAUAUAAUUUCGUAUGAGAGUACAUGUCUCGAGUGCGUAUGCUAUGCGUUUUCGUCGUCAAAUGCAUCCAAUUAUCAAAGUUUCAAUUGCCAUACAAUUGAUAAAACAUGUGAAUUUUUUGCCGAUGACUUAUCAUCUAUGUUACAUAUUGAUCUCAACUCCAAAUUUUUCUUCAUAAAAGCAGAACCGAUGUACAUUCCCAUAUGGAAUACGACGGGUGUCAACAUUACAACCGCUGGUUCGGCGUUAAAUCAGACCAAUCAUCCAUAUGGAUUGUUCAUUCCUGCGAACAGUGAUUCAUUGUACAUCGCUGAUUCCGAUAAUAAUCGAGUCUUGAAAUGGCUUCCAGGUGCUACAAGUGGAAUAUUACUAGCUGGAGGACAAGGACAGGGAUGGAACGCGACGCAGUUCAAUAGCCCAAGAGAAGUUUGUCUUGAUAAAGAUGAAAAUCUUUAUGUCGCUGAUUCCGGUAAUUAUCGCAUUCAGCGAUUCAAUUAUGGAUCUUUUGUUGGCCAAUCCAUUGCUGGCAAUGGCUCAUACAAUGCGAUCGGUAACUCUUUUGGCAAUAUACUAGGCCUCGGCGUGGACCUUGACUACAACGUUUAUGUUUCCGAGUAUAAUCAAGCGCGUGUAACCAAAUGGAUACGAAAUGCCACAUCUGGAAUAAGAGUAGCCGGUGAUGGUACACAAGGAAACACUCCAUCACAACUGAACGUUCCAACGGCAUUUUAUACUGAUCCGAUUACAGGUACGCUCUACAUUCCCAAUCAAGGUGGACAUUGUGUGACGAAAUGGUUACCCGGAAGUUCACACGGAGUCACUGUUGCAGGUGUUUGUGGUCGACCCGGAACGAAUGAAACUCUGCUGACUUCUCCAAAAUGUGUUACAUUCGAUAAAUAUGAAUAUAUGUAUGUUAUUGACGGCGUUGGUGGUGGUCGAAUUCUCAUGUUUCUCCCUAAUUCACUAGUUGGGAUACCGAUUAUCACAAAUGGACUGAAUAAUCCUAUAAGAAUUGAAUUCGAAAGAGAAAAUGAAUGCUCGAUUCGACUUCAAACCGAUCAAGGUAUCGAAACAUGUCAAAAUCAGCAAUGCUUGCAUAUUAAAGAUCCAUGGCGAGUGAUCGGUAGUCACGUACAAGAUCAACCAUGCUACGUUCAUUAUCUGCAAUUAUCUUUUACAAAUUACGAUCUAUUUCUUGUUUUUAUCGAACUACAAUAUGCCAGUAAUACUUCUCUGGAUAGUAUUUUUUCCGACAACUCAACAGUACAUAAUCUGCUCGAGAUACAUAUUGACAAAAUCUAUCCGUUUAACGACAAAUAUUUUCUAACCGAAGAUACGUUGAACAAAUUAGGUGGACGAAGAGGCACAAUCUCGCUUUUACAAAUUGAAAUUUUCAAAUGGUAUAAUUCUCGUCUGGCAAAGAGUCAAACAAUUGAAAACGAUCUUGUUGAUUGGCAACCAUUUCAACAAAUUGUCGUUCGCUAUCCGUGCAACAUUCGCAAAUCAAUCGAACGAUUAGUCUUAGCCAAAUAUCUCGCUUAUCAAGAACGAUCAUCGUGUCCAACACAAAUUCGCGUAACCAAUGGUGAAGAGCUCAUAGGAGCAAGACAUUUGCCUGUUCGUAGAAGCCAUCUAUACAAUUCGGACUUCGAUAAUGAAUUACAAUCUGGUGAGGGUGGACGAGUUAUUCAAGACAGUCCGGUCGGUGGUCAAGACAGAGUGUUCAACUCCGAUUUUAUCGGUCGACUUCGUUUCGAUUCCGAUGAUGCAGCUCGACCUGGAUGGAUGAAUCUAGCUCAAUCUGGUUCAGUAGACACUGUUCAACGUCAUUCAAAUGGUCAACCGGAUAGAUUGCCAAGCUUGGAUUUCAACGACGGAGUUCGAUCUGAUUUAGCUCAGCAGAUUUCGAUUAGAAAUUCUGAUUAUCCAUCAGUUAGCGAACGAAACAAGCUAUACAAUUCUGAUUAUCCAUCAAUCGGCAAUCCGAAUAGCUUAUACAAUUCUGAUUAUCCAUCAAUUGGGAAUCCGAACAGCUUAUACAAUUCUGACUUCAAUGACAAACAUCGAUUUACUUCGAUGGAUCCAAUUCGAACUAUUCCUGAUUCGUUCAAUUAUUCGAAUUAUUCGAAUUCGACAUUCGAUGAACCAUCAAACGACUCCAGUACUCUGGCAAAGAUCCUGUUGAUACUACUUAUUUUUCUCUUUGCUGCUAUUUUUAUGAUUUAUCAAUGCUGCUGUUCACGAUCACAACCAACAAUUACUCAACAAUAG